UUGUGGGACGGGAAAUUGCUUUAGUAGCGUAGGGAACGCGGGUUGUGGUGACGUCUUUGCAGCUCUUCGUUUUUGUUUCUUGACGCUGAGUAGUUUCCCCGUUUAAAAAUGUCUCUGUGGUUUGUAUAAGGCCUAGAUAUUAGAACGUUUGUGUUAUUACGGAUCGUGUUUAAGUGGUAUGAUUUAAGCAACGGUGGAGGAUGCUUUAGUUUCUCUUUCCAAAUAUUCUGAAAAGCACGAUUUUAGGUACUUUGAGGUACAGGGAAUCUGUAAUCUUAUGCAGCUUACUUGGGAAGUACUGAUCAUUUGUGUGGCUUUUUACUUAAGUGCAGGCGCCUUAACAUGCACUUGUUAAGAAGUGCACCUUCUUUCACCCACGGCUCUAGAAAUGUGCUUCUCCGGGUAUGUCUUUUAACUUAAUGCAGCCCGGCUUCAGAUAUUUCGUAAAGGGAGCGGGUGCAAGAAGAUCACUAAGGGAAGGGGACAACAGAGAGGCGCAGUAAGGAAGAGUGAAGUUACACCGAACUAUAGUGCUGUGUGCCUGAGCAAGCGUGGUUCCAGUCAGACUUAUUGAACAGGAAAAGGAUGAAGUAGUAAAGGUUAAAGGAAAAAAGAGUGAUGGACUGGGAAAAGAAGAGGCAUAGGAAAGAAAUAAUAGAUCAGGAGGCAGUGAAAAGGUGGCAUGAAAAAUCUAGCAUUUCUUGUGUUAUAAGCGUUCAUGUAGUGCCGUCCAGUUGAUCCCCAAUAAUAAAUGCAUUAGGAUGUAAUCCUGCAUGUUUGAUAGAGUUGUUACAAGGUUGGACCAGGGCUUGGGAGAUCUUGUCUCUACUAGUCAUUGAAGCUCAUUGCAUGUAUUUUAUUUUCUUUAUAUCCCACUUUUUUCCUUUUUGAGAAACCCAAGCUGGGUUCCAUAACUUCCAUUUUAUUCUCACAACAGGAAUCCUGUGAGGUAGCUUAAACUGAGAGUAAUAAGAUAGUGUGGUAUGAUGGUUGGAGUGUUGACUGGGGACUUGGGUUCCAAUCCCCACUCAGCCAUGAAACUCACUAGGUGACUUUGGGCCAGUCACUCAGUCUUAGGCUAACCUACUCCACAGGGCUGUUAGAAUACAAUGGAAAGUAAGGAGAUUAUGAAGGCUUCCAUAAGCUCCUUGCAAGGAAAAAGGCAAGAUAUAAAUAAAUUGAAAUGAAGACUAGUCAGAAAAAAAGCUCUACAGUUCCCAGCAUUCCCCAGCCAUAGGUGUGGGAUUGCAUUCUUAAGUGUUUAUUUAAAAUGUACAAAGAUGGAGACAAACAUAUCAGUCUGGAGAGGUUCAUAAUCUGUGGACCACAAUCUAAAAGCCUUUCUCUUGUCUACUGACUAAACAUCUACUAGCUUGGGUUUGCAAGAAUCCCUUUAGAAAUAGAGUUAUCUUCCUGGACGAGGUUCAUGUUGGAAAUGAUCCUUGAGAUAUCUCAGUCCCAGAUCAUUUAUGGCCGCAAGUUUUAACUUAUUCUACUGCCACCCACCAAGAAUGCAACUUUAUUGUCAAAUGUCCUCAUUUCUUUCCUAGAAGUUGGAAUGUUGAGCCCCAUUGCCUUCUGAGAAGUAAAGCCAAUUUUUGUGGAACUCUUUGAGAGUCUCACUGGAUGCUAAGAUGUUUCCGUUAAAGGAUGCAGAGCUAGGAGCUUUUACCUUCUUUGCUUCAGCUCUUCCAAAUGACGUUUGUGGAAGCAAUGGCCUGCCUCUGACGCCAAACUCCAUAAAGAUCCUUGGGUGCUUUCAGAUUCUUAAAACAAUUACACAUCCUAGGCUUUGCCAAUAUGUGGACAUAUCUCGUGGAAAACAUGAGAGGCUGGUGGUGGUUGCUGAACAUUGUAGAAGGAGCCUGGAAGAUUUGCUUCGAGACAGGAAACCAGUGAGCUCAUUCAGGAUUUUAUGUAUUGCCUUUGAAGUUUUGCAAGGCUUGGCAUAUAUGAACAAGCAUGGAAUAGUCCACCGGGCUCUCUCACCUCACAACAUCCUCAUGGAUCAAGAAGGGCAUAUUAAAUUGGCUAAGUUUGGCCUUUACUACAUGACAGCUUAUGGUGCUGAUGUUGAUUUUCCUAUAGGGUACCCAUCAUACCUGGCACCAGAAGUAAUUGCACAGGGAAUUAUCAAAUGUGGUGAUCAUAUGCAAAGUGAAAAGCCACUCCCUUCAGGCCCUAAAUCAGAUGUGUGGUCCCUUGGUAUCAUAUUGUUUGAGCUUUGUGUGGGCAGAAAACUGUUCCAGAGUUUGGAUAUAGCUGAAAGACUAAAACUUAUACUUAAUCUUGGAUGUGUGGAUGAUAUCAUAACCGUACUAGCUGAGGAACAUGGUUGUCUGGAUAUUAUCAAGGAAGUUUCUGAAAACACUUUAGCUUUACUGAAAAAGUGUCUUACAUUCCAGCCUUCCAAGCGGCCUACUCCUGACAAGUUACUGAAUGACCCAGUCUUCAGUGAAAUCUCAUCUUUGUACCCAACCUUCCACAAACCAGUUGGCCUUUUCUCUCCCACUCUAAGAUGUGCUAACUUAACGCUUCCUGAAGAUAUUAGUCAGCUGCUUAAAGAGGAAAACUCUGAUUACCUCGCAGAAAGGUCGAUUGAAGAAGUUUAUUAUCUCUGGUGCUUGGCUGGGGGAGACUUGGAGAAAGAACUUGUCAACAAGGAAAUCAUUCAUUCAAAACCACCUAUCUGCACUCUUCCUGUUUUUGUAUUUGAGGAUGGAGAAUGCUUUGGACAAGGACGAGAUAGAAGCUUCCUUUUGGAUGAUACAACUGUGAUACUUUCACUUUGCCAGCUCAGAAAUAGGUUAAAAGAUGUUGGUGGAGAAGCGUAUUAUCCAUUGCUUGAAGAUGACCAGUCAACUAUACCCCAUUCAAACAGCAAUAAUGAGUUAUCUGUUGCUGCUAAUCUUCCACUUAUUAUCCGAGAACGGGAUACAGAAUACCAGCUAAACAGAAUUGUUCUGUUUGACAGACUGCUGAAGGCUUAUCCAUACAAAAAAAAUCAGAUUUGGAAAGAAGCCAGAGUUGACAUUCCUCCACUGAUGAGAGGCUUAACAUGGGCAGCCCUACUUGGAGUCGAGGGUGACAUUCAAGCAAAGUAUGAUGCUAUUGACAAAGACACUCCAAUUCCUACAGAUAGGCAAAUUGAAGUUGACAUUCCUCGCUGUCAUCAGUAUGAUGAGUUGCUGUCAUCACCAGAGGGCCAUGCAAAAUUUAGACGGGUUUUGAAAGCAUGGGUAGUUUCCCAUCCUGAUCUUGUAUAUUGGCAAGGUCUUGAUUCCCUCUGUGCACCAUUCUUAUACUUAAAUUUCAACAAUGAAGCCCUGGCCUAUGCCUGCAUGUCUGCUUUUAUUCCUAAAUACCUCUAUAACUUCUUCCUAAAAGACAACUCGCAUGUGAUUCAAGAAUACCUGACCGUGUUCUCCCAGAUGAUUGCAUUCCAUGACCCUGAGCUGAGUAACCAUCUCAAUGAAAUUGGCUUCAUUCCAGAUCUCUAUGCUAUUCCUUGGUUUCUCACAAUGUUUACACAUGUCUUCCCUUUGCACAAAAUUUUUCAUCUGUGGGAUACAUUACUGCUUGGGAAUUCUUCCUUCCCAUUUUGCAUUGGAGUGGCUGUUCUGCAGCAACUGAGGGACCGGCUUCUCUCCAAUGGAUUCAAUGAAUGCAUUUUGCUGUUUUCUGAUUUGCCAGAAAUAGACAUAGAACGAUGUGUCCGUGAGUCGAUUAACCUUUUCUGCUGGACCCCUAAGAGUGCUACCUACAGACAAUAUGCACAGCAUCCCAAGCAAGCAAGCGAGGGAAAUGGUACGAGAAGUUUAGCAUCAUGUUUCUCAUCAGACAAUCAGGAUGUGCCCAGAAGUGAUCUGUCUAGGGAUUCUAUCAAGCUGAAUGAUCUUAAAUCAGAAGUGUCACCACGGAUCUCAGCUGAAGACUUGAUUGACCUGUGUGACCUGACAGGACCGAGUCAUUUCAAGACUCCAACAAAGAAAACAAAAUCCAGCAAGCCAAAGUUGCUUAUUGUUGAUAUCCGUAACAGUGAAGAUUUUAAUCGAGGGCACAUAUCAGGUAGCAUCAGUAUCCCAUUUGGAUCAGCGUUCACUACAGAGGGAGAGCUCAUCCAGUGUGCUGCUACUUCCACACUUCAGAGCUUUAAAGGGAGAGUUGUUGUGAUUGUAGGACAUGUAGCAAAGAAUGCAGCGUCGUUUGCAGCACACCUCGUGAAAAUCAAAUACCCCAGAGUUUGCAUUCUGGAUGGAGGAAUAAGCAAAAUCAAGCCAACCGGGCUGCUGACAGUUCCCUCUCCACAAAUAUGAGCUGGAAAACUGAAGUGACUGCGGGAACACUUUUAAAGGGAUCACACCCUUUCACCCUAAGCGCAACACAGAUCAUCAUUGUCUUUCCACAGUGGCUUUGCAGGAAAGGAACGCUGCUUUUACCAUUUGACACAGAGUUUGUUUUGCAGAAUAGAAAUGUGAAGCUUUAAAAUGCUGGGUGUCAUCUCAUCGAGGCUAUUGCCAUCUAAUUAAGCAUCAUCUAUCCGAUAUGCAGCAGUAUAUUUCUGUUGAGUUUAGAAAGUCUGUGUGUAUUCUGACACUGUAUUAAUGUGCAAUUACAUGAAUUAUUUCCAUUGUGCUGUUUUAAAAGCAAACACUUAAUGGGCUCUAAUAAACCCAUGAGGACAUUCACAUA